GAAGAUUUUACAUGUUCUAUAGGACAAACCUCUAAUAAUUGGAAUCAGCUUAACCCUGAAGCAAUAGUUAUUUCAUAACAAAUAUGACAACAUGUUUAUUUAAUGUACUAACGUUAAUUUACAAGGAGCGUCAGUGUAAGGUAGAAUACAAGCAGGUUCAGACACAGACAAUGUUUGUCUAAUGCUACCUUAAAUUUCACUCUUUGUUUAUUUCACUAGUCACCACCUUGAGAUGUCAUUUUUAGUGUACCAAACAAUAGCUACAGUUGAUAUUUGGAAAUUUCAUUUUAUGCAUGGUACCACCAAAUCAGUUGAACCAUUUUGUACAAUAGGAAACUUCCCUUUGCCCUCCCUUUCGCUCCCAAUAAAUUAUCAUGUCAACAAAUCACAAAAAGAUGUUCUUUACAAGGACUAUGUUAAUCAAUCACCUAUUCACUUUCACUACCAAUUCAUGGAUUGGAAUGCAGGCUUCUCUUGUAAAGUUCAAGAAAUUCUACCUGGAUUCAGAACUGUUUUCAAAUGUACCGUACCAGACUCCGGGAAGGUGGAACUACAGUACUUGAAUAGAUUCACUGGGAUUACUGGAUGCAUUGGAUUAUUAGGAAACGAAGAAGGAGCAUAUGACCCUGUUGUAAAAUUAUCAGGCCUUUUAGGAACAAGCAUUCUGUCCCUGGGAGCCAAUGUUGCCUUGCACAUACCAACAAGAUCAAUAACCAAGUUGACUGCUGGCUUCGGCUUAAACACUGCCUUCCUUGAAGCUUCAUUGACCUUGCAUGACAGCUUUGACACUCUAAAAGCGACCAUUUAUCACGAAGUGAACCCCCUAACCCAGACUGCCAUUGCAACACAGGUGAAGCAUAGCUUGUCACUCAAGGAAACUGGUGUCACCAUUGGUGCUCAGCAUGCAUUUUUUCCAGAAACAUUGCUAAAGGCUCGGUUUGACAGUUCUGGCAAAGUAGGUGCUCUCAUUCAACAAGGAUUUUGGCAGAGAUUUUUUGUGACUAUGGCCAGCGAAAUAGAUUUUGGGGCCACAGAUGAUAAGAUUCCGAAGGUUGGAGUCUCCAUGGCUCUAAGACCCUAAUCUAUGCCCAGGAGAUAAGCUUUCGUGUUAAACUGAGAAGUUGCUGGAUGAGGAGACUUUCAAACAAUGACACAAAUUGGAUAUAGAUUCUUCAAUAUCCAACGACAGUACUAAUAUUAGAUAUCUAUUUAUCACUUCUACUUUCUGAAGUUUAAAAUCAUUCAAGCUUAUUCGUAUACAAAAUUAGUCUCUGAAAAUAGCUCUAGACUUGUUUACUUCCAUUUUCGACAAUGUUUAGGAUUAUUCCUAAAGGGGAGAGAAGAUUUCUACAAUUAAAAAGAACCCUGAAAUGCAAGCAAACCUUCAGAUUCUGAGGGACAAAAUUGUGUA